UGUUCACUGAGACAUGUUCUGGUUUGUCUAUCAGCUGUCUUAAAUGCAUGCUUUAGACGUAGCAUGUGUAUGCAUAUAGCAAAUGUAUGUGUCAGUCCUCAGCUGUGCCAUUUUUGUGUUGCUUUGUCUUGAGCAAUCAAUGAACACAGCAUGUCUUGAUUGAUAGGAUGUCUGGUGCAAAGAUACUGCUAUUCCUGCAGAGCCUGUCACGCAGGAAACCUCUGGCGCCUGAAGGAGAGGAGUCCAACUUUCGCCGAUGCCUGACCACCCUCGACCUGGUGGCUCUGGGGGUCGGCAGCACACUAGGGGCAGGUGUGUAUGUGCUGUCGGGAGAAGUGGCCAGAGCCGUGGCCGGGCCCAGUAUCAUAAUCGCCUUCCUGAUAGCAGCAGUGGCCUCCAUCUUUGCAGGACUUUGCUAUGCUGAAUUUGGAGCUCGUGUUCCCAAGACUGGAUCUGCCUAUCUCUACAGCUAUGUGACUGUGGGAGAGAUAUGGGCUUUUAUCACUGGCUGGAACUUGUUGCUGUCUUAUGUCAUAGGGACGUCAAGUGUUGCCAGAGCAUGGAGUGGCACCUUCGAUGAUCUCAUUGGAAACGUCAUUGCCAACUCCCUGGGCAAACAGGCUGCGAUGAAUUUACCUGGAUUAGCUCCCUACCCAGACUUCUUUGCAGCCAGCCUCAUAAUGCUCUUGGCAGGGAUUCUUGCAUUUGGUGUUAAGGAGUCUGCUAUUGUAAAUAAGGUUUUUACAGCAGUUAACAUCCUGGUGUUGCUGUUUGUUAUCCUCUCUGGAGUCAUUAAGGGGGACAUCAACAACUGGUACAUUGGUGAAGAGUCUCUCAUAGAUGGAUAUGAAAACCACACAUCACUGAAUGAAACCACCAGAUAUGGCAGCGGAGGAUUUUUCCCUUUUGGCUUUGAGGGAACAUUAGCAGGAGCGGCCACUUGCUUUUAUGCAUUUGUUGGAUUUGACUGCAUUGCCACAACAGGAGAGGAGGUUCAAAACCCUCAGAAGUCGAUCCCACUCGGCAUUGUGGCAUCCCUCCUCAUCUGCUUCCUGGCUUAUUUUGGUGUGUCUGCUGCCCUGACUCUUAUGAUGCCAUACUAUUUGCUCAGUGUUCACAGCCCGUUGCCUGUGGCCUUUACAUACAUCGGUUGGGGCUCUGCAAAGUAUGUGGUGGCUGUGGGAUCCCUCUGUGCACUGUCAACGAGCCUGCUGGGUUCAAUGUUCCCGAUGCCCCGCGUUCUCUUUGCCAUGGCCAGGGACGGACUUCUCUUCAGACCUCUCAGUAAAAUGAGUGACAGACAAAGUCCAGUCAUAGCCACAUUGGCUUCAGGGGUUGUAGCAGCUAUCAUGGCGUUAUUGUUUGACCUGAAGGCGCUGGUUGACAUGAUGUCAAUUGGAACCCUCUUUGCCUACACACUUGUUGCCAUAUGUAUCCUCAUAUUACGGUACCAAGCAGACCUCAGAGAGGAUUCAAGUUUCAGCAAACCAGAGCCCUUCACAGUUACUGGAGGAUUAUGUCCUCCUUCACAAGCCACCACACGGACAUCAAAAAAUGUGUCUGUUUUAACAGUUUUUAUUAUCUUUUUAGCUAUCAUCCUCAGCCUCGUCAUAUCUGGGGCUGUAGACUCUCUUCAGGCCCUUGAUUGGUGGAGUUUACUUUGUGUCUCUGUGAUCGCACUGAUGCUGGUCCUCAUUACCGCGAUCAUCUGGAGACAACCGCAGAGUACAACCAAAGCUGCUUUCAUGGUUCUUUUUGUGCCGUUUCUUCCUAUUUUCAGCACCUUUGUCAAUGUCUAUCUCAUGGUUCAGCUUGGAUCAGACACAUGGAUCCGCUAUGCAGUGUGGAUGGCAGUAGGUUUAAUCAUCUACUUCUGUUAUGGUGUUCAGCACAGUGUGCAGAAACAAAGGCUUCAAAAUUCACAUAACCAAGUCAGUAUUCACAGCAUCACCACCGCUAUGGAGCAAAACCUUGAACCUGGACAAGAUUUUAAUGGUUAAACGAUGUGACAUGAUUGAUUUACUGAUAUAAACAUUCAGUGGGCAAAUCAUCAAGUAAAGCAAAGCAAAUUUGGCCAGUCUGUAUACAUCUCCUAUAAUUUGUCAUGUGUUUGUUUCAUGAAUUCAGAUUCAGUCACAACCUCUGACCUCUGUUUUGUUCUUGUUUUCUGUGAAAUUGAAUGUCUGGGAAUGUUUUUUUUGUGCAUAAUUUUAAUAAAUAAAAAAUAUUAGUGUACCGCACUUAUAUACAUAAAUCACACUGACAUUAUCCUCACAUGAGGCUUCAUACAACAUUGUGUUAUCAUUUAACUGUUUCUGUUAUUGAUAUUGAUACAUCACAGGCUGGGGUGUGUAAGAUUUUACAAAGAAUAGAGCGAUGUUCAAUAGUAAAAUGCCACUGUUCAAGUACCUCUUUUAUAGUCAGGACUGUGGUAAAUGCUGUAAAUAAAUAACUUGCAAUGUGUAAAUAAUUAUUUUGUUAUCAAUAGUCCACAUUCGGCCAGAGAAAUUAUAGUGUUUAAGUUCCCUGCAUAUUACUCACAAUUAAUUCACAUUUAUGCAGUUUUGCUGUGUCAUAUUUUCAUAUAUAAUGUAUUACAUUGCUAGUGGCAGGAAUUUCUUUUGUUGAGCUCCUCAACAGUUUGCCCACUGCACUCAACUCCCAAUGUAGCUUAAUCCUCUGUUAUUUAAGUGUUUCUAUUAUUAUGUAAAAUGUAACAAUUUUUCACGUGAAAUAAACAUUGACACGACAUUUUAAGUUUUGGAUAAGCAACUUUCCACUUUCUGCCUCCUGUCUCCCUUUCUACUUUACAUACAAUAUAAUAACUGUCUGCUCCCUCUUACAUUGACCAAAUAAUGCACCCUUUCUUUAUUUUUCUUUCUUUUCUUUCUUUAAGUUUUAGGCAACCUAUGUAGCCUAUUUAAAUCCCUUGUGAGAACCUUGUUAACCCACGCCCACAUGUUUUGAUAAAAUGCCACAUUUAUUUACAACACGUGAAAGGUACUCAUGAAAGUUGUGUUUGUUUAAGGAGGCACAGUUUACCUAGCGCACCAUAGGAGCUUUAGCUUGUUAUGAAGGAAAAUAAGCGUUCUGAGGCAUUGACUCACUAUG